GGCCAGGCAAACGUGGAUAUGACCCGCGCGACCCCUCGAACCCAUCGCCUUCAACCUCCCAAAUUGGCCGCAGAUGCUGUAAACCUAGCAUGAUAUGUUCUGCUUUCUUCUUCCUCCAACUCUCUGAAUCAGUGAUUCUCUUCACAAUGUUACUCACUUCUCAACGCCUCUUCGCAGAUUCACCUUCCAUACUUUCUUUCUCCAAUCUUUACUUCGCUAGAAGCUCAACCCCAUCCCUCUCGAUCACCCUACGCCAGCAUCUCUCCAAUCCCGCUCAUCUUCGGAUUCUGAAGCUCACGUCAUUGAAACCUGAAAAUUUCAAUUCCUUCAGGACUUCCGCUGACCUUUUCCGUCUUCGAGCCUAUGAAUCCGAUGGUGCUGUACAGAAGGAUGUUGUGGGAGAUUUCAAUUUGGACUCUCUUCUUUCUCUGGCUGAAUUGUUGUGUCUGCUUUCGUCGGCAAUUUUAUUCGUUGGCUUCGCGGUUAGCAAUGUGAUGGCAAGCUCCAAGAAGGAGUUCUUAGUGGCAAUAGGGAGUAAGGUUGUUCUUUGGGGUGUUUUGAUGUUGGUUGGUGGGGUUGUGAUGGGAGCGUGGAUUCGGAGACGACAAUGGAGGCGAAUUUGUAGGGAGACGCGCAAAGAAGGCUUGCAGGUUAAUUUGCUCGAGCGGAUUGAGAAAUUGGAGGAGGAUUUGAAGAGCUCAGUGACUGUUGUCAGGGUUUUGUCAAGACAGCUGGAGAAGUUGGGCAUAAGAUUUCGGGUGACCCGGAAGGGGUUGAAGGAACCCAUAGCCGAGACUGCAGCUCUGGCUCAGAAGAAUUCUGAGGCCACAAGAGCACUAGUGGCUCGAUCAGACAUUUUGGAGAAGGAGCUAGGUGAAAUUCAAAAGGUUUUGUUGGCAAUGCAGGAACAACAACAAAAACAACUUGAUCUGAUUCUUGCUAUUGGGAAGACCAGUAAACUAUGGGAAGGCAAACGGGUAACUAGGGAGGUACAGAACACAUCGGAAGCCUCCAAGUCAGACGUGGAUGAGGUAAAUAAGAAGGAAUUUCACCAAAUUUGAAUCUUGGGCUGCAUUAAGGAGGAAAAUCGUGAAAUUUCGAUGAAGAAAAUCUGUUGUUACAACAUUCUUCUUUUUACGCUGUGUAUACUGAACCAUCGAUCAUGACACAUUGAAAUUCCUGGAGUUCUGUCCGCACGGAAUCAAGGAGUCUCGUUUUUCAGUGUCUCAAGUUUGCUGAGGAACGCUGUUACUGACGAAGUGAAGUUGCUUAAGGACAACCUAAUACGGGAUCAUUCUCAUGCAUAUGCAGAAGUCUGUCUGUUUCAGGUCAUAAAUUGUCAGUAAAUGGUCCAUUAUGCUAGAGCUUAUACCUUUGAUUCAAGCUUGUAACUUUCUCAUAAUCCAAUCCAUUUACUUCAUACCCAAAUAGUUGGGCGAUUGAUCGACUCCGAUUAAUAAAAUCCUAUUUUCACUUGCGUUUUCGCUCUCAA